AUGUACUCGUCGAUUUUCUACGACGUGUCCCAGUCCGAUCUAAUGAUCUCGAUUCCCGAAAUUGGAGACAGGUUCUGGUCCUUCUCCUUCUUCGACAUGUACGGAAAUAACUAUACAUCGGUCAUGGGUUUGAUGCACCACAAGGCUGGAAAUUAUCGUCUCACCUUCGCCGAAGACAAUUACGGACUGCAACAGGAUCACAGCAACACGGAGGAGCAGGGCGUGAUCCGCUCUCCUACUCCUUACGGAGUCUGGACGGUACGCCUACUGCUUAAGGACCAGAAAGACGACGUGGAGAAAGUCCAUGCACUCCAAAAUCAGAUCAAGGUGGUCACUGUACCUUGUUCACAUGAGGUCACAGUGCCACCUCUCGACCUGGGCAUCUUCGCCGAGGUGGUUGGUCCUGCAGAGUCCCCAGCAUCGGAAGCGGAGCAGGUUUUGCGCUUAACGGCGGCCCUGGCGAGGUACAAUCUUUCAGAAGUGGCACAAGACCGAGGCUGGAUUGCCCACGUCUUGGAAAAGGCGGGUAUCCGUGAUGGAGUAUUCACCCAGCCACCGAACACCUCGCUUACCGAAGCAGUCAACUUGGCCAACUUAUCCGCGAAGGCUCUCAAGCUGACUGCUGGCUUCGUACGGGAUCAGGGCCACGGUUGGUACACAAACACCCCGAUGAUCUGCGGAAACUUUCGCUCAUUUUAUCCUGCACGGUAUCUUGUGGCAAUGCGCGGAUACCUGGGAGUGUCAUCCGAGCAGGCCAUUUAUCCAUCUUACUGUCCACGUGGGAGUGCGGCGGAAAUCCCGGACGUCAAGAUUGGGCCCAAUGAGGCCAUCAAAUUUACCUUUAGCGGAAAGCCUCUGCUUGAACCGUUGGGUUUCUGGAGCUUGAGCCUAUACAACAAGGAUCAACUAUUCAUCCCCAAUGCCCUAGAACACUAUGCUCUAGGAGAUCGCAGUGACCUGAAGUAUCCCGAUGGAACACCAUUGAAGGAGCGAGAAGAUGGCAAGUUUGAAAUACUGAUUCAGCCAGGAGAUGUUCCACCCCCGAAGGAAUGGCAUUCCAACUGGCUACCAGCUCCGCCAGGGGGAGGUGAAGUUUCAUUCACUUUCCGUGUAUUCGGAGCAUCCAGUGCCAUGAUCGAGGGCAAGUACGAGUAUCCUAAGCUUACUUUCAUGGAUGCGAUCACGGCGUAA